GUGACCAUGGAGGAAGAAGAUGAGUCUCGAGGGAAGACAGAGGAGUCGGGCGAGGAGCGGGGCGAUGGCCCGCCAGACAGAGACCCCACGCUUUCUCCUACUGCCUUCAUCCUGCGGGCCAUUCAGCAGGCUGUGGGAAGCUCCCUGCAGGGGCGUCUGCCGAAUGAGAAAGAUGGCUCUCGGUGUCAUGGCCUUCGGUGGAGGCGCUGCCGGAGCCCACGCUCAGACUCCCGUUCCCAGGAGUCGGGGGGAGCUGACACGGCUACUGUGCUGGACAUGGCUGCAGACAGCUUCCUGGCCGGGGUGGUGAGUGUCCUUGACCCUCCAGACACCUGGGUUCCCAGCCACCUGGACCUGCGGCCUGGCGAAAGUGAGGACAUGCUGGAGCUGGUGGCUGAGGUUCGAAUUGGGGACAGGGAUCCGAUUCCCCUGCCGGUGCCCAGCCUGCUGCCCCGGCUCAGGGCCUGGAGGACAGGCAAAACGGAGCCCUCAGCAGCUGGCAGAUGCUACGCUUGGCACGUUGAUAUUUCUCUCCCCAAUCAAAUCCGCAUCUCUGAGACCCUGGCGGGCAUCUACGACGACAACAGCCUGAGCCAGGACUUCCCCGGGGACGAGAGUCCUCGCCUGGAGCCCCAGCCCCCACAGUCGACUGCCGCCCCCGGAACACCACCGCAGGCGGACUCUACCCGGGCCGACGGAGCCACCCGCCGGCGCGUCUUCGUGGUGGGGACCGAGGCGGAAGCACGUCGGGAAGGCACGGUCUCCGUGGAGGUGGUGACAGCCAGCGGAGCUGCCCUCCCGCCCCCGCUGCUGCCUCCUGGCGACUCGGAGAUCGAGGAGGGCGAGAUCGUCCAGCCCGAGGAGGAGCCCAGGAUGGCACUGUCCCUCUUCCGGGCCAGCGGCCGGGCCCCCCGCCCUCCUCCCGGGCGCCGGCGCCUAGAUAUUUCAGACCGCGGCAAGCACCGGGACGGCGGCGGCAGCAAAAAGAAGAAGAAGCGGUCGCGGUCCAGGGGUGAGAAGCGGUCCGGGGACAGUGACAAGGCCCCGGCUCCCGCCCAGGCGCCCUCCGGCUCAGCUUCCCUGGGCGGGGAGCGGGACAGCCGCCGCCGGGGGGCCGUGCCACCCUCCAUCCAGGACCUCACAGACCACGAUCUCUUCGCCAUCAAGCGGACCAUCACCGUGGGCCGGCCGGACAAGUCUGAGCCCCGAGGCCCCUCGCCGGCCCCGGCCUCGUCGCCCAAACGCGAGGUUCUGUACGACUCCGAGGGUCUGAGCACCGAGGAGCGGGGUGGCAAGAGCAGCGAGAAGGACCGCCGCCGCUCCGGGGCCGCCUCCUCGUCCUCCUCCUCCCGGGAGAAGGGAUCCCGGCGGAAGGCGCUGGAUGGUGGGGACCGGGACCGGGACAGGGACAGAGACAGGGACAGGGACAGGUCAUCCAAGAAGGCCCGGCCCCCCAAGGAGUUGGCGCCCUCCUCAGGGCCCCCGCCCAAGCCCCCCGUCAGCAGCGGCUCGGGCUCCUCAUCCUCGUCCUCGUCCUCGUCGUCCCGGAAGGUGAAGCUGCAGUCCAAGGUGGCGGUGCUGAUCCGAGAGGGCGUCAGCAGCACCACGCCGGCCAAGGAGGCCGCGUCGGCCGGCCUGGGCUCCAUCGGAGUCAAGUUCAGCCGCGACCGUGAGAGCCGCUCUCCCUUCCUCAAGCCUGACGAGCGGGCCCCUGCCGAGGUGGCCAAAGCAGCUCCGGGCAGCACCAAGCCCAAAAAGACCAAGGUCAAGGCCAAGGCUGGGGCCAAGAAAGCCAAGGGGACCAAGGGAAAGACCAAGCCAUCCAAGACCAGGAAAAAGAUUCGCAGUGGGGCCAGCAGCGGGGGCACCGGUGGCUCUGUGACACUGAAGAAGUCCAAGGCGGACAGCUGCAGCCAGGCGGCAGGAGCCAAGGGGGCCGAGGAGACCUCCUGGUCUGGGGAGGAGCGGGCCGCCAAGGCCCCCAGCACCCCACCCCCCAAGGCAGCCCCUCCGCCCCCUGCGCUCACGCCAGACUCACAGACCGUGGAUAGCAGUUGUAAGACACCCGAGGUCUCCUUCCUGCCUGAGGAGGCCACUGAGGAGGCAGGGGUCCGAGGUGGGGCGGAGGAGGAGGAGGAGGAAGAGGAGGAAGAAGAGGAGGAGGAGGAGGAGGAAGAGCAGCAGCCCGCCACCACCACGGCCACCAGCACAGCCGCAGCCGCCCCAAGCACCGCCCCUAGCGCAGGGUCCACAGCCGGUGACUCAGGGGCAGAGGACGGGCCAGCCACCCGAGUCUCCCAGCUGCCCACGCUGCCCCCACCCCUGCCCUGGAACCUGCCCGCUGGUGUGGACUGCACCACCAGUGGUGUCCUGGCCUUGACUGCACUUCUCUUCAAAAUGGAAGAAGCCAAUCUGGCGAGCCGAGCAAAAGCCCAGGAGCUGAUCCAGGCCACCAACCAGAUCCUCAGCCACAGAAAGGCACCCUCCAGUCUAGGGGUGACACCAGCUCCUGUGCCCACCUCUCUGGGUCUGCCCCCAGGCCCCUCCAGCUACCUGCUCCCGGGCAGCCUCCCCCUGGGGGGCUGCGGUUCUACCCCUCCUACCCCUACUGGGCUGGCUGCAGCAUCUGAGAAGAGAGAGGGCAGCAGCAGCUCUGAGGGACGUGGGGACACAGACAAGUAUCUGAAGAAGCUGCACACUCAGGAGCGGGCGGUGGAGGAGGUGAAGCUGGCCAUCAAGCCGUACUAUCAGAAGAAGGACAUCACCAAGGAGGAGUACAAGGACAUCCUGAGGAAGGCCGUCCACAAGAUCUGCCACAGCAAAAGUGGGGAGAUCAACCCAGUGAAGGUGAGCAACCUGGUGCGGGCCUACGUCCAACGCUACCGCUACUUCCGCAAGCACGGCCGCAAGCCAGGGGACCCCCCGGGGCCCCCACGGCCGCCCAAGGAGCCAGGGCCCCCUGACAAGGGUGGCCCGGGCCUGCCCCUGCCCCCUCUCUGAGACCCAGCCCCCCUUCCUUCCGCCUCCUCGGAAUUCUGGACGUAUUUAUGGCUCCGCCUCCUCGCUUCCCUCCCCGAGUCAGUGGGAUGAUUGGGGGAGGGUCGCCGCGGGGAAGAGGAGAGCCCCCUGCCCAGUCCCGUGCCCAUUUCCCUUGUCCCCGAGCCUGUCCCCAUCAUCCCUCUCCUCUGUUCGUGCCUCUCCCGUUUCAUUAAAGAUUUCAUGAAAUGUUGCCCUCGA